AUGAAAUUUGUCAUUUCAGACACUUCAUUAGGACCAAAUUCAUAUGAGAACAGUCUAUUCUUCGAUAUUCGACAGAAUUACAAUCCAACAAAUUUUCGUGAACCACGAACAAAAACAAAAAAUGUUCGUGUUCAAACGAAUGACAACAUGUUCUCUGCGACACUUCGCGAAAUGGAGUCCAACAACUUCACAGUAGAUAUGGAUGAGAAAACAUUGAAAGAUUCGUCACUUACUAACGAAAGAGACGCUGAACUUGACCUAAAAGAAUCAAAUCCAACACUGACUAAAGUUGACAAUCCUCCACCAAUAGAUUUGGAACCUCUGAUCGACUACGCCAAUGAGCCUCUAUUACCACUUGCAGAAGCGUGUGCUCCACUGGAUGAUAUUCUUCGUAAUCUAUCGUUCUAUAUUCAAAUGGCACUUGAAGAAACACCAAAAGAGCCAUCAGAUAAUUUAACAGUUGAUGAGAGUGCAGCAAUUCGUUUGUAUUCAAUCGAAUGGGCAGCACCUCAUCGUAGUCUUUAUUCAAUGCUCAAUUAUACAUUAAAAUCAUGUCCUCGUUCUGAACUUCAACCUUAUUUCAAAUACAUGAAACUUUUUCUCACUGCUCUUGCCAAAUUACCAUGUGUUCCACCCUUAACUGUGUGGAGAGGUGUGACGAAAAAUCUAAGCGCAGAGUUUCCUCCUGGUACACCAGUAACAUGGUGGGCAUUUUCAUCAUGUACAACUGAGCUAUCUGUAUUAGAAAAUAAUAUGUAUUUGGGCAAUGAAGGUGCUCGAACAUUGUUUUCUGUCGAAGCCAUCAAUGGUCGAACAAUACGUGCUCAUUCACAUUUUGUUACUGAAGAAGAAAUACUUCUUCUACCUGGUACACAUAUGAUUGUUCAAUCAUUGUUUAGUCCAGCAACUGAUCUUCAUAUUGUUCAUUUGAAACAAGUCAUACCUGAAGAAACUUUACUGGAACUUCCUUUCGAAGGUGCCAAUCUCUUUCCAAAGAUUGAACGACCUUGGUAUCGCAAGAAGAAAGUCAUAUUCCCGAUAUGUUCACUUAUACUCAUGGCAUUGAUAGGAACCAUUGUAGGUGUAGUGCUUGGCUUAAGAACCACAAACAAAACUUCAGCAUAUGUCUGCACGGAUCCAUACUCUGAACCAUCAGGUUUUACAGUUGGAACUUCACCAGUUUCGAUGGUCACUGGUGAUUUUAACAAUGAUAAUAAAACUGACGUUGGAGUGCUCACUUCAGGAAGUCCGAACAUCUAUCUCUUAUUUGGUAGUCGUAAUGGAACGUUUACAGCUGAAAUCACGUUUGAGACCAGUUCCGGACCAUCUGGUGUGAUAUCAGCUGAUUUUAAUAAAGACAACAAGACUGAUCUUGCUGUUGCUAAUGUAGGUGAUAACACUAUUAGUGUAUUAAUCGGCAAUGGUGAUGGAUCUUUUGGAAUUCAGACGCAAUUUACAGUUGAUCACGGCGCAACUUGUCUUAUAUCAGCUGAUGUCAACAAUGACGGUAAUCUUGAUGUAAUGACAGUUAAUAUCGAUGAUAACACGCUAAGUGUCUUACUUGGUAUUGGAGAUGGUUCUUUCGCAACUCAACAGGUUUAUGCUGUUGGUGCUCGUCCACGAUCAUUGACAUCAGGCGAUCUCAAUGGAGACCAUAUAAUUGAUAUAAUAGUGGUUAAUCAAGAUGAAGGCACUAUUGACAUAUGUUUGGGAAAUGGAAAUGGAACUUUUGUUGAUCAAGAGAUACUUGAUGUUGGCACUUGGCCGGAUAAUGUUAUUACAGCUGAUUUUGAUAAUGACAAAAUAUUGGAUUUAGCAGUUUCGAAUUUUGAGAGCGCCGACGUCAGUAUACUAAUCGGUAUAGGUAAUGGCACCUUUCAACCUCAGGUGACGUAUUCUGCCUCAAACCAACCUAAUUCUAUUAGAUCGGCUGAUUUCAAUAAUGAUGGCAAUAUUGAUCUUGUCAUACCCAAUUGGAACGCAGCAACGGUGAGUAUACUGCUCGGUAAGGGAGAUGGAACUUUUCCAGAUAUAAUGUCAUAUGCAACUGGAGCUACUGCAAGUGCUGUGGUAGCUGCAGAUUUCAACAACGACACAUGGAUGGAUAUGGCAGUUACUAACUUCGGUGAGAAUACCAUCAGUGUACUUAUCGCCUAUGGAAAUGGUUCGUUUCAUCCCCAAAUUAAAUAUGCUACUGGCUCAGAACCGAGAGCCGUCACAGCAGAUUAUAUCGAUGGUGAUAAUAAUUUGGAUCUCGUAAUAGCAUGUUUUGCCGAUACAAGUAACGUGAUUCUAUUAGGAAAUGGAGACGGAACGUUCACUGGUCGAAUACCUUCUUCAACUGAUAAAACAUCACUUUACAUGGUAUCAGGUUAUUUCAAUAAGGACAGCAUAUUGGAUGUUGUUGUAACUAAUAAUGACAGUACUAUCAGCGUAUUGCUUGGUGAUCAAAGUGGAAAAUUUCCACAUCAAUUAACACGCACUAUUCCAAUGAUGGCGAAGUUCUUAAUAACAGUCGACUUCAACAAUGAUUCAGUAUUGGAUCUUGCACUCACGAAUUACGAAAACAAUACUAUCACUACAAUGCUCGGCUAUGGGAAUGGUACUUUUCAAGAUGCAAAAAGCUUUCCAGUUGGAAAUCAACCAGUUUCAAUGGUAUCAGGUCAUUUUAACAGUGACAAUCAAGUGGAUUUGGCAGUCACCAACUAUUAUGGAAAUAAUAUUAGUGUUCUAUUGGCUAAUGGAAGUGGAACUUUCCUCAAUCAGACCAUGUAUAAAACUGGAGGUAACCCGAACUAUAUUGUAAUAGCUGAUUUAAAUCGAGACAACAUCUGGGAUUUGAUAGUGGCUAACUUAGGUGAAAAUUCUAUCAGUGUUCUUUAUGGUAUUGGAAAUGGAAAGUUUCAGACAGCAGUAGCCAUCAAAGUUGGUAAACAACCGAAUAUUUUGAUAGCAAAUGACUUCAAUCGUGAUGGUUAUAUGGACAUAACAGUCAUCAAUCAAGGUGCCAAUAAUAUUAUCAUUCUUUUUGGUGAUGGAAAUGCUGGGUUUUCGUUUCGAAAAACGUAUUCGACACAUGUCGCACCGAGUGCUGCAAAAGUGGCUGAUUUCAACAGAGAUGGAAAAAUUGACUUGGCAGUUAUGAACAAAAACUCGAACGACAUGAUCAUCUAUUUGAACUUAUGUCUAUAG